UACCUCUCGUGUGAUGUCAGCAGAAAGGUAGCAACCGAAGUGGGGAGAGGGAGGGAGAAAGGAGGGCAACGAGAAAGAGAACGGUAGAGCGUAGGCACUUGACUUCAACCACAGCUGCCAUCCCCAGGCAAAACAUUACUAUCCUUCCUUCUCAACAAAAGUGAAACCAGGUCACAGCUAAAAAAAAUGAAGAGCUCUGUAGUAAUACCCUAUACCCUGUCUAAAGUUUUCCUUGUUUAUGUUUUCCUACAAACAAGUUUGUUUUUGCGUGGAAGUGCAGGCCAAAAUUCCACAGACAACUCAACAACCAUACCUAUCACUGUAAGCCCACUUAAUGGGACUUUAAAUUCUACAAUGGCUCCCUCAGGUAACAGUGUGAACACUACUGGCACAAAUAGCACAAACACUACACUGGUGUCCUGUCAGAUGUUCUCUUGUAAUUACUCUGCAUGCUACAAUACGUUCUUAAGCACCAACAUCACCACCUGCUCAGCGACUGAAAAUUAUUGUGAGCUGAGAAGAGAUGGAGAUAUGUUGUAUUCAGUGAGGUGCACAAGCUCGUGCCUCAGUGCCUGUACAAACACUUCUCAGAACAACUGCUCCAUUAGUUGUUGCACUGACAAUUGUCUCAACACCACUCUCAACAACCUACUCAACUCUUCCCUCAUAAUGACGACAACAACUGCCCCCACCACCACUGCCACCACUGCUAAGGUUUCUACUGUUGCCACCACCACCACCAUGGCAACCAAUGGCAAGAAGUGCCAUAAGUUAAGCUGUAAUGGAGACACCUGUUAUCAAGGCAAUACCAAUGUUGUACUAUGUUCUCCUGGUCAGAACUUUUGUAUGCUGAAAAAGACGCCAACUGUAACCUGGACAGCAAGCUGUAUAGAGGACUGCAGCAAGGAAAUAGUGUGCACCUCCAGCAAUAACAACUGCAUCCUAGAGUGUUGUAAUGCUACGACCACAGCUUCCUGCCUCAAGCUAAACGGCCAAGUAAACGUUGUUGGUUCUGGUGCUAUGACUCCAUGCUUUUACAUGCCACUUGUGGUGUCUUCAUUUUUCCUCUGGUUGCUCAUGAUGGGCAAAACUGCAGGUUAGAUUACUGGUGUGCAUUGAAAUUGAGCACUAGGUGUUGAUUACUGAUCGGUGUGUGUGUGUGUGUGUGUGUGUGUGCAUGAGGAAUUGUAUGCUAUUUAUUUAACUGCAUGUCAACUAAAUCUUAUGAGCGAAGUUAUGUUCUAUAAAGAGAGACAUUAUGAAUUAUGAAGAAUUUCUAUAAUUUAACAAUGUAUAAUCUAUACAUCAUGAUACAAGCAGCAUAGUGAGAGCAAUUGCAUUUAGUUCUAGCAUACAUAUUAAUUGUCUAUUUUAGUUUAGCCUGUUUUCUUUACCGUUUGCAUAUGACAGCAUGACUUGUUUUGAGGCAAACAGUCCAAUCAUUUAGGGCCUUUUGGAUUGGUGUCUAUUAUUUUAAGAUGUUUGUGUAACGUGAAUCAUAUUACCUGUUAAGCAUUCAUUCUUUCUCCUGCCAAAGCAGAUAAUCCAAACCUAACAUUUAAACAAAAUGUUUAAAGGCCUUCCAACUAAGGCUGUUUCACAGAAUAUUGAGCAUGUCAUUAAAGUAAAGAAAUGACAACCAAACAAAAAGAAAAAUAUUUAUGCACUUUAUACUUAUACUAGUCUAAAUAUCAGUAGUCAUAAGAUUAGUCAACAUUUGCAUAUGAGAACUAUCUGUAUGGCAGGUGAGUUUUAGCUAAAACUCAAAACCUGAAUGGUUUAUUUUUAAACACACAUCUAUUGCACUAUAAGAUUGUAUAAACCUGUCUAAAUUUUAUUGUACAAAUUAAAUCAUUACUAAUAACAUCUGGUUUUGCAUGUUUGAUUUUUAAGGAUGCUUGUAUAAUUAGAAUUAAACUAAGAGAAGAACAACAAAAUGACCUUGUCAGACUUAUUCGGAUGAUUUUCAGAGAUAUUUUAAGAAAGAGAAAAAGACAAAAAUGAAAACAAAAUGAAAUAAAACUAACUUAAAACUGUCCCACACAGGGUGUUUUUGUGCUAAGCUUCAGAUUAAUGCAACCCUGAGCAGAAUAAAGCAGCUGCUAAAGAUGAAUGAAUAAUUAAACAUGAAUAAUUUACUACGUACCACACCUUCAA